AUGGAGGGGAGCUCUCCCGCUGAGCCACGGCACGUGCCGCGGCCCCCCAGGCAGCACAGCCAGAGUGGCAGCCGGACUCCUGCCCCGCUGGAGCGCCCCGAGGCCACCCAUGGCCCCCACACCGUCCUGGAGAGCAAGGUGAAGGCGCUGAAGGAGAAGCGGGGGGGCGGCCGGCCGGGGACCCCCGCAGCCACCCCCGAGCGCCCCUCGCCCAAGAAACCCCGGCCCCGGCGGGGGAAGCCAGGGGUGGAUGUGGCAGCGGUGGAGCCACGGGCUCAGCUCCGAACCUACCUGACAGAUGGGCUGCUGGAUGGUGGGGAGCCUGUGGAUGGCAGCCCCCAGGCCCCGGCACCCCGCCCUGGCACCCCGGGGCUCUGGCGGGUGCCGGCACACAGGGCAGAUGUGCUGGGAGGCACCGAGCUCCUGCAGGACAAGGGCAGCAAGUCCCGGCGCUCUGCCUCCCUCCAUGAGAGACACUCCCGGGAUGAAGAGGCACGAACCCCGCCGUGGGACCGGGGGCGUCCCUCUGUGUCCCCCCCUGCAGCAGAGGGCUGGGAGAGGCUCUCGUUGUCCGAGCGGGUGGAGAGGAACCGGCGUCUGCUGCAGGAGGUGCUGGGCCUUGCUGCUCCUGAGAUGCCGGCGAGUGACGGCGACUGGGACUCGGGGGUCUCACUGCAGGACGCUGAGGGCUGCAGGGCCUUUGUCCCUGGGCAGGAGCUCGAGCUGAGCCCGCGGCACGAGCAGGCCAAGCAGCUGCUGCAGCGCGCCCGCAUGAAGGCUCGGACGAACCCCCUGCGCGCCAGCCACGACAUCCUCCUCCUCCCCACCGCCCUCCCGCACCCCAGGGAGCCCAGCGGGAGGCCGAGCGUGGCCCCGCGGGACGGCGGGAGCCUGAGCGACUCGUCCAGCGGGGAGUCGAGCUGCGGGCGGCCGCGGCGGCCGCGGGGACCGUCCCCAUCCCGCGUCCGCUUCGAGGACGAGUCGGCCCGCGACGCCGAGGUGCGGUACCUGGAGCGGCUGCAGCUGCGGCACCGGCGGGCGCUGAGCUCGGCGCUCUCCUCGCCGGAGCCAGCCGGCAGCAGGCAGCCGGGGGACGGGGCUGGCCAGCCCAGAGCCCGGAGCGGCGACCUCGUGGCCGGGGGCAAGUGCAGCGCCUGCGGCUCCUUCCUCGGUGCUGCCGCCGGCCGGGGCACGGACGCACAAGCUGCCGCCUUCGCGGCCCAAAGCAGCCCUGCGGCACAAAGAAGCAUCCCGGGGGACAGCAGGGGGCCAAGCGCUGCGCAGACAGAGCCCAAAAUCAGGCCCCUGGGCCCCGGAGGGUCCCCACUGUGGAUCCUCCCCUCCCGGCAGCGCAUCCACACCGAGAAGAUCAAGGAGACGUACAUCGGGGACGUCACCUACAUCGACGAGGUGGACUCGGCCCUGGAGAGCACCGACACCUCCGACGGCUGCCGGACGGACAGCGAGGAGGCGGGACCCCGCAGCCCCCACCUCCGGGGGCACCGGGACCCCCGGACUCGCGGGCACAGAGCCCCCCGUGCCACCCCACCGCCGGAGACGAGGGCCAGGAAGGGGACCUGUGUGGCCAGUGGUGGCCCCCGCGCAGAGGACGGGGGGACCUCAGGUGGUGCCACAAGCCAAACAGGGGCUGUUUGUCCCCCACCGCAAAGGAGAGCCAGCAGCCAGGAGGAUGGGGAACCACAUCGGUAUCUGGGGGGCAGCAAGGGGGUGGGGAGCACCACUCAUCCCCCACAGCAGCCCAGUGAGCCCCUGGACCCUUCCUCUCAGCUGAGGACCAGCACCCCCACUCCAGGCACCCACCUCCCUGCUCCCCCCCCCACCAAGAAGGCCUGCUCCCAGGUGCCUUGCAGGAAAGCCCUCUUCUCCAGUGGCAGCCGCCGUGCAUCGAGCCAAGGAUCCCAAGGCCCAGAGCCCAAUGCUGGCAGCGCUGCCUCCCCCCAGCCUGGGGGCACAGAGGGGCGGAGAAGUCCCUGCAGCCCCAGAUGGCUCCCGGGGAGCCCCCUCCGUGCCUUGUCCACCAACAACUGCAACAACACCCACGGGCAGGAUGCCCCGGGGGCGGGCAGAGGGGCAGUGUCACACUCCACCGCCGGCCCUGCCACACCCGUGCCCCAGGAGGCUGCUCAUCCUGCCAGGGAAGGUGCUGGGACACCUGGAGCGCAGCAGCAGCAGCAGCACCCAGCUGGGAGCGCAGCACAGGGGGAGCCGGGGCGGCCAGCGAGCCGCAAGGGCAGCAGCGCUUCAGCGUCGGGGCUGAAGAAGCUCCUGUGCAGCCUGAGCCAGAGCACCAAGGAGCGCCUGGGCCGCUUCCGCUGCUACAGCAUGGAGCAGCUCCCGGCCCCCGGCAGCUCCCCCCCGGGGGGCUCUGGCAUGAAGAAGUCGCCCUCCCUGCAGUCCCUGCAGCUGGUGUCACCCUUCUGCCAGCCCCAAAAAGCCUCCUCUAUCCAGAGCCUGCAUCCCCUCCUGGGCAAAGCACCCCGUGCCAGCGCCUACCUCCUGCCCCAGACCACAGCUGACAGGAAGGGGGGCUCGGGGCCACGGCGCUCGCUGAGCGUGGAGGACAUCGGGGCACCCGGCCGGCUGCGCGCGGUGGGACGCGUGGUGGAGGUGUUCCCUGAUGGCACCAGCCAGCUGGAGCUGCAGCGACCCCCCAACGGCGCCUUUGGGUUCUCCGUCACCUCUGGGCACGGCCGGCCUGACACAGGCGUGUACGUGCAGGAGAUGGCGGAUGCCGGCACGGCCAAGCUGUAUGCGGGGCUCCUGGGCGUGGGGGACGAGAUCCUGCAGGUCAAUGGCGCGGCCGUGUCGGGGCUGGGGCUGCCCCGCAUCCGUGAGCUGCUGCUCCAGGCGGACACCCUGUCCCUCCGCGUGCUCCGGCACCGCCCGCCACCACGGUAGCCCUGGCACAGCUCCUGCGAAGCUCAGCAUGAGGAGAAUGAAAUCCCAAUGAUGUCCCAGGAUGCUGCAGGAUGGCACAGCGUGGACCAAGCUGCCUCUUGGCACCAGGACCUGGCCUGCUCCGGUGCAGUACUUGGCUCACCACUGCAGUGGGGGCAGGCAGCUUUCCCAGCCCCUCCUGGAGACAGACUGGGAUCAAGGACCCCCCCCAGACAGUGUCCAGUGUCUCCAACAGCUGCCCCAAGUGUGGGGAAAGGGAACAGCCCAGCCCUGACAGAGCCAGGCGGGUCUGUCCUGCUGGGCACUGGGGUGACCAGUGUGGGGA